AUAUACAUAUAUACUACGUAAUACACCCUGCCCUGUAUAAGGUUUUGUGUAACAUGGCACCAAUCAGAGCUCGUGAUUUUUCCAUUUAAAACUGAAAAUUGUUAAGGUGGUAAUUUGUCGUCGUCAAUAAACGACUGUCCAAUUACUUCUAAUUCGAGUGGAAACAUUCUGAAGAAAAUUUGACUUUACAAAGAUUCGUCAUGUUUUAUAAUUAUCAAAUGUGAAUCAAUCUCUUUUCAAAAUGGCAGAAAAUCUUUCGAAACGGCCUCCUAAGGGAAUUUUAAAAUCAUCUAGCAGCUUCGAUAAUCCAGAUAUACCCAGACCAAGCAAAGAAACAAAAUGGGAUGAAAUGAAUAUAAUUGCAACAUUACACCCAGCAGAAAAAGAUUAUGGUCAUAUGAAGAUUGAUGAACCAAAAACCCCAUACAACUAUGAAGGCCUGCAAGCUGAAUUUCAAUUUGAUCAAUUAGAUUCUACUGCAGUUGCUACCAAAUUGGCAGAAGGCAGUAAACCAAAAAUAUUUGAAGAAUCAAGUGAAGAUGAAGAUGAAAAAGAAACCGUUGAAGAAAGAGAAAAACGUAAAGCAUUUGAAGCAAAGAGAAAGCGUCAUUAUCAAGAAUGGCAAGUAGUUCAAAUGGCACGAAAACAAUUACUUGAACAAGAUGAAGAUGAAGAUGAGGAGGACAAUGAAGAAAAUGAAGAGCAUGAAGAAGACAUAGAAAAAGAUGACAAUAAUUCUCUUCAUCCUGAAGAACAUGAUUUUGAUCUUAAAUUCAAGUGCAUGCCAUCUUGCAAUAUAACAAAAGGAAAGUGAUAUGGCGAUGGACAUUAAUAAAUAAUAUUAUAAAUUACUUCAUUAGAAUUUAGAGUUCAAUUCUCUGAAAAUUUUAGUUCAUGUUAAAUUUAUUUACUAUUAUACAACUGACAAAUGCAAUAAAUUACAAUGUCCGUUUUA